CCCAAAUCAAAAAUCCCCCCCUCGCAUUUUUCCAUUUUUUCCUCUCGCCGCCUCGCCUCGUCGCCAUGGCCGCCGCCGCCGCUCCCCCCACGGGCCCCGGCCUCUACUCCGAGAUCGGCAAGAAGGCCAGAGAUCUCCUGUACAAGGAUUACCACACGAACCAGAAGUUUACGCUCACCACCUACGCCGCCAACGGAGCUGCAAUCACUGUUGCAAGCACGAGGAAAGAUGAGGCUAUGUCUAGUGAAAUUCAGAGCCAGCUGAAGAACAAUAAUGUGACCGUGGAUGUGAAAGCAACUUCAGACUCAACUUUGAUGACUACAUUCACAGUCCAUGAUCUGUGCAUGCCUGGCACAAAGGGAAUUUUAUCCAUUCCUUUCCCCUAUCAGAAAUCUGCCAAGGCUGAAGUCCAGUACUUGCAUCCCCAUGCUGGCCUUAAUGCUUGUGUUGGCCUGAGUGCAAAUCCUCUUGUUAGCUUUUCUGGUGCAUUUGGAACUAGGGCUUUUGCUGUUGGUGCUGAUGUUACAUUUGAUACUGCGACUGGGGACUUCACCAAGUACAACGCUGCAUUGAGCCACACUACUGAAGAUCUCACUGCGUCACUGCUUCUGAACAACAAGGGAGACAGCCUUGUUACUUCCUACUACCACAGCGUGAGCAAAGUCAGUGCUGUUGGAGCAGAGCUAGCUCACAGCUUCUCGAGCAAUGAGAACACUCUCACCUUUGGAACACAGCAUGCCCUGGAUGAACUCACCACCGUGAAGGCACGCUUCAACAACUUUGGCUUGGCCAGUGCUCUCAUCCAGCACGAGUUCAGGCCUAAGUCGCUCAUCACCAUCUCCACUGAGGUUGAUACCAAGGCCAUCGACAAGAGCUCAAAGGUCGGGCUUUCCCUGGUCCUCAAGCCCUGAGGUUGUCUGCUUUCUUUGUUUUAGGAUGCUAGCUUUUGAUAUCAGCAGCUCAAGUCCAUUGAACAAAGUUUGGACAAACUUGUAAUCGGCUUAAACUUUGGUUGCCUCUAGCCUGUUUUAGACUAUAUUGAGGGUUUCUGUUACCAGUCAAUCUUUCUCAGUUUUUUUGGGUUAUUUGCGGGCACAUUGCUGGGAAAUCAUACCCUGAAAUCUGAGUGUCAAACUCUUGGGUGACAUUCGUCACGUCGUUAAGUUCACCCUCUGAACCAGCUGCAAAAAUCUCUGUUUGAUUCUA